GAUGGUGGUGUCAGCCACUGGAUCUCAAGUGUAUCUAGGUCUAUCCCGGCCAAAUUAAAGCUCACUAUCUCGUCACCUUCCAUGCAAUCGAUGAUACCGAAGCGCGAAAUUGGCGCUCUUCAAUUCCUUCAAAAAAAUUCCGAAUUUGACGGACGAGGUGUUGUCAUCGCCGUUUGGGACACAGGUGUGGAUCCCACUGCGCGAGGGCUUCAGGUCACUUCUCAAGGGAAGCCGAAGAUUAUUGAUCUCAUUGAUGCCAGUGGUUCUGGAGAUGUAAAUAUAAUCACCGACUCAUCAAGGACCAUCACCACGUUGACCGGCCGUAUUGUCUCCGUAAGUGUUUUUUUGCAGAUUCCACUUCAUUGGAAACCAGUGGAUGGAUUAAUUCGCGUUGGUGUGAAAUCAGCUGCGGAAAUUUUUCCGGCUGCUCUAUUAGACCAACUUCGGGCGGAGGCAAUGGAUCGUUACUGGCGUCCAACGAUACAAAGGCUCUGUGAUUAUCUCAAGGAGGCUGCUGCCUUCUCAAUUGGACCAUUGCAUUCUGAUAUAAUCUCUAGCUUAUGCCUUGCAGACGGUACUGCAAGUGAAGUAGUUACGGAUGUACGGGAAAUGGAAAUACUUGGAAGCGUUUUAAAUCGGUCCUCUUACUACAUUGUUGUAGCUCUCCUCUACUUUACCGUCAAGAUUCUCAAUGCGGGUGACCUUCUUCAAAUAGUAACAAAUUGCGGUUCCCAUGGCACCCACGUGGCAGCAAUCGCAGCAAACUGCAAAGACGACAAAGGCCUCAAAAUAGUCAGCAUUAAGAUUGCUGAUACUCACUUGUUGGGCAUGGAGACCAAUACGUCCCUCCUUUGUGCUUUGAAUUGGACCACCAAACUAAAGUGUGACAUCGUCAAUUACAGUUUUGGGGAGAAAGCCUUUCUGCCGAAUUUUGGGCGUAUCUACACCCAUCUGACACAGUUCGUGUUGCACACCAACGUGGCUUUUGUCACCUCUGGGGGUAACGGCGGACCAGCUUUGGGCACCGUGGGCUCACCUGGUGGUGCUGUUGAUGGCGUCAUAGGGAAUUGUCAAUCUAAAGGCAGAUUUGUUAUCAAUACUCAGACGAGUUUGGAGGCUUGCAUCCCAGAUGCUUUAAGUGAAGGUUGA